CUGCGUUCAGUCGUUCAGAAGCAUUGGGGCGACAUGGAGCCGCAGCUCAAGGUUCUUGAGGGCGCCGAGCAGCAGCUGUCUUUCCUUGCCAGGGAGCCAAUUGCUCAUGGCUUGCUUGUGGGGAUUGCUUGCCCCCCACCUGCAGAUAUUGCUAGUGCCUCAUCAUCGUUGCUGAUUGCUGGUGCGCUCCGAGCAGUGGAGGAGGAUUUUUCCAACCUGCAGAAUGAUGCAGCCCGGCUCCUUGAUACGGUGCCUGAAGGCUUUCAAGCAGUGGGAGCAUUCUGGACUGAGCCAGACGGACAAAUGGCAAAGGCCUGCAGCCUGCUUUCUGCCACUACUUCACGUCAGAGCAUUACGGACACGCCAGCAAUACUGGCAUGCUUGGGCGAGGGGAAUGGCCAGCCGCAGUACUUCUUGGCACCUCCUAUGACCCAGGACCGAAUCGCCAAUUCUGAGAAGAAGCGAGUCGACGUUCAAGCGGUCGACCAGAGCGCCCUGUGGGAGGCUCACGUCCCCCUGCGCUGCAGCCUUCCCGUCCUUCUCCAGAUCCCCACCACCUCCCCAGCUUUCCCCACUCCACGAGAGAUUGACACAGCAUCAGAGAAAGUCAUGCAGGACCUGCGUUCGGAGUCAGCAGCCUUUCUCGUAGACAGCGCGAAAGAACCUUCUUGCUCAGUUUUGGUACAACCAUGGGACCACGAGGCUAGUGUCACUGGGAGGGGUUUUGCGUCUGGGGGGGUCAGUACGAGUGGGAAGAAAGGGGGGGGCAAGGGGAAGAAGAAGGCGGUGGUGCCAGAGGCGCAGGGGGAGAAGAACUUUGACGAGAUGACUUGUGAGGAGCUGGGAGGUGCCACAGAGCCGUCAACGCACCAGAAGAUACCUAAGCCAAUCCGCGUCACCUUCUUGCAAAGGCAAUCCUGUUCUGGUGACGCGCUUCGAGCUCCCUACCUCAGCUCUGAGCCUGUUGCGUCUCCAACGACUCUUUACCCCCUCCCCCUGUCCCUCGACGUUCUUUGCAUCGCCCCAGCGGCCAUGCACCUCACUGACGCCGUCCGAACGCUAAUCGUCCCUGCUCUAGAAAAGCAGCUGCAACAUGCCGUUCAGCUAGCUCAGGACCACAAGCGGGGGGUCGUUGCGCACCUGUUUCACCCCCCUGGCGUGUUAUUCCCGGUGACAGCGCUGUACCCGCACUCCAGAGACGAGGGAGAGCAGCUCUUGGUGGGCAUUCGGACGCACCUCCACCGCCAACUGGGACUGCCUCUGGACCGCCCGUUGCUGAGGUCAGCGAACGCUCUGUUGUCCGCUGAUGCGGAACCUGGCUCUGCCGAGGCGUCCACAAGUGGCAGGCUGUUGGACGUCCACGCCGGCAUCCGGCCGUCCGGAAUCGCCAACGGCAAGCUGAGCCUCAUCCACGGCUCCUACGAGUACUACCACUACAUGCAGGACCGAAUAGACGACAAGGGCUGGGGCUGCGCCUACCGCUCGCUGCAGACGAUCGUCUCGUGGUUCCGGCUCCAGAACUAUACCACCGUACCCGUACCCUCGCACAGGACCAUUCAGCAGACGCUGGUGGACCUGCAGGACAAGGAGGCAUCUUUCGUGGGCUCCUCCCAGUGGAUUGGCGCCAUCGAGCUGGGCUACAUCCUGGACGCACUGCUCGGGGUCACGUGCAAGGUGCUGAACGUCAGCUCGGGAGCGGACCUUCCGUCCAAAGCUCGGGAGCUGGCACACCACUUUGACACCCAGGGAACACCCGUCAUGAUCGGUGGCGGCGUGCUUGCGUACACUCUCCUGGGCAUCGACUACAACGAGCUGACUGGGGAGUGCGCCUUUCUGAUCCUGGACCCCCAUUACACCGGAGGAGAGAGCCUCAAGGCCAUUCAAAGCGGUCAAUGGAUCGGGUGGAAGCGCGGCGGGGCAAACGGCAUUUUUGUACAAAACGCCUUCUACAACUUGCUGCUGCCGCAAAGACCGCAAAUUGUGUAACGUCCAACGUGAAGCAGGAUCAUCCUUGUUGACACUUAUAACGUCCCGUAAGUCUUCUGAUGGAAACACUUUUGUGCUUUGUUUGCGCCCCAAAUUCAAAAAUGCCAGCCGUAGUAAUGAGCUCACAACACGUUCCAUCGGGCUGGGGAUCGGGUC